AUGGAUACUGUCGUAGCCCAAUACUCCCGGCCUAUGUUCCCAAACGAUCGCUACUCCCAGAACGAAGAGCAAGAGUUUACAGAAACACUGCCUCCCUUGUCUCUAAAGUUCGCUCUUCCUCCAGUAGAUAAGCCCGCCGCUUUCCUGCGAGCUGCAACCGAUGACCAUGCCAACCCAAACUGCCCCAUUAAGCUUGCUCAUGGCACCACAACUCUUGCAUUCAGAUUUCAAGGAGGAAUCAUUGUGGCGACAGACUCCAGAGCUACCGCUGGCAACUGGAUCGCCAGUCAGACUGUAAAAAAGGUCAUUGAGAUCAACAGCUGUCUAUUGGGGACCAUGGCUGGUGGUGCUGCUGACUGUCAAUACUGGCUCGCCUACCUAGGCAUGCAAUGCCGCCUCCACGAACUCCGCCACAAACGCCGCAUAUCCGUAGCUGCCGCCUCCAAGAUCCUCGCCAACCUCGUCUACAACUACAAGGGCAUGGGAUUAAGCAUGGGCACCAUGUGCGCUGGUGUAACACCGCAAGAAGGACCUGCUCUCUACUACAUCGACUCAGAUGGGACCCGACUAGCAGGAAACCUCUUUUGCGUUGGAUCUGGCCAAACAUUUGCAUACGGCGUGCUGGACGCGGAAUAUCGAUAUGACUUGACUGAAGAAGAGGCGUUGGAGCUGGGGAGGCGGAGCAUCCUCGCUGCUACACACAGAGAUGCGUAUUCGGGUGGUUUUAUUAACCUGUACCAUAUCAAGGAGGCUGGAUGGGAGAAGCACGGAUUCAGCGACACUAACCCGAUAUUCUGGAAGACGAAACUGGAGAAGAAUGAGUUCUCGAAUGUAACGGGAACGUUGGAGUGA